AUGCAGAGACACCGAACACAUUACAACACAACUGCUGAUCUCAAUGACCAAGAGUCUACAAAACAGCUUAUUAGGAUCAAGUUCUGGUCACUCGAACGAGGUCAGUUGAAUCAAUCAGAUUUUAUUCUUGUAGACCGUUCGGAUCCCCCGCCCGUGGAGCGGGUCGCACGAAAGUACUCAUACAAAGGCUAUACAUUCUAUAAUGUGAACCUACGCAGCCUCUGUCCAGGCCACUGCUACCGUACAGCCACAGCCGAUGGCAGCAAUACCAUUUGCUUGAUCUCCGCGCACGUAGAGAACCAGCUCGCUGCCGACGGAAGAUUUGGUAAGGAGAGACAGCUGAUUUCAACGGCUUUACGAGUUGUAGCUAGGGCGGUGACAAGAUAA